UUUCAACGACACGUUUUUGGUGAUGUGGAUGUUGCCUUCACUUUGGCACUCCCUCUUUUCUUCUCCCACACCCUCCUCCUCCUCCUGUAUCUCUCUCUUAUUCUCCGCGAAUUUUAAAAGAAAAGAAUUCCCGAUCUUUUUCAGUGAAGAAGAUAAUGCAGUCUUUUUGACUAAUAUUUCUUUUCAAAUUCUCUUCUGUACUUCUUUUUUUCCCUUAUUGAAGAUAAUCUAAUAUUGAUUUGUAUUAUUAUUUUCCAGCCAAGAGAAGGAAGAAUCUCGGGUUUCAGAUUUUAAGUUGACAGAGAGAGGUGAACCAACUUCUAUAAAAGGUUUCACCUUUGGUGCUUUGACCAUGGGAAACAACGAUGAAGGGAAGUCUUCUAAGUCUGACAAAUCAUCUUCACCAGUGCCAACGGAUCAGAAUAAUAUUCAUGUCUAUCCUGAUUGGGCUGCUAUGCAGGCAUAUUAUGGUCCUCAUGUCAAUAUGCCACCAUAUUACAGUUCAGCUGUAGCAUCAGGCCAUGCUCCUCCCGCCUAUAUGUGGGGUCUAACACAGCCUAUGAUGCCACCCUAUGGAGCACCUUAUGCAACAAUCUACUCUCAUGGGGGAGUUUUUGCACAUCCCGCAGUUCCUCUGGCAUCACACAGUCUUGAUGUUCCAUCAUCACUGGCAGCUGCAGGUCCUGUGGAGACACCUGUGAAGUCCCCCGGAAAUACUGAACAAGGUUUAAUGAAGAAGCUGAAAGGAUUUGAUGGUCUUGCAAUAUCAAUAGGCAAUGGUACUGCUAAGAACGCUGAAGGAAGAGCUAAACCUAGACCAUCCCAUAGUGUGGAGACUGCAGGUUCAACUGAUGGUAGUGAUGGAAAUACAACUGGGACGGAUCAAAGUAGAUGGAAAAGAAGCAGGGAGGGGACACCAACUCUUGCAGUUGAAGAUGAGAAAAUUGAGGCGAAGUCUUACCAAGUUGCUGCGGGAGAGGUGACUGCAACCAUUUCUCCUAAACCAAUUGGAACUGUAGUUUCUCCUGGCAUGACCACAGGAACAAUAUUGGAGCUUAGGAACACCCCCAACAAGAAUGCUAUGUCCAGUGCUAUGGGUGUACAUUGUGGAGUAAUGCCCACUGAAGUCUGGUUGCAGAAUGAGCGGGAGCUGAAACGGGAGAGGCGAAAACAAUCUAAUAGAGAAUCCGCUAGAAGGUCAAGGCUGAGGAAGCAGGCUGAGACUGAAGAGCUUGCCCGUAAAGUUGAAUCCUUAACUUCAGAGAAUGCAGCACUCAGAUCUGAAAUAAACCAAUUAACUGAAAUGUCAGAAAAAGUAAGGCUCGAAAAUGCGAUAUUAGUGGAGGAACUGAAAAAUGCUCAACUCGGACACGGACAGGAGAAUGUUUUGAACAAAAAGGAAGACAAGGAGGAUGAAAUGUGUGAGAAAAAGUCAGACUCCGGUGCCAAGCUGCAUCAACUCUUGGAUCCGAGUCCUAGAGACGAUGUAGUGGCUGCUGGCUGAAUGAGGAGAAGAGUUGUGGCCUAGUGAUUUUGGUAUUAAAUUGGAGGAAAUCAGGUAGCUUUGGCAUAAUUUAGAAGCCCAAGGCUACUACUGAAAGUUAGCAUAGGGAUGAAAUAGUUGGUUAGGGAUUGUGAUGGACGGCACUUUUUGCAUUUGUAAGUUAGGUUUUGUAAUAGCAGAAGUGAUGUAAUUUUAUUUGAAAAUUAGAGUGAAAGAGGAAGUCGUGUAGGUUAACGGGAAUUGGAGUGUAGCAGAGGAUAGUAGAAUAGAAACCUGUAAUACGUAAUCUCUAAUGAUUAUUCAAAAUUUUAUUGUCAUAAACAUUUGAAAUUUGAAAAUGCUACAAAUCACCGUUGGUUCUCUUUCA